AUGGUUGCUGACUGUCAUCGCCCGCUCACUUCAGGGAAGAGGAGGCAAACCGAAUCCUCGGGGAGCAAAGAAAACAAGUCAGUUUCAAAGGAGGAAGCAGAGGUUAGUAUACACUCUGAAACCUCCAAGUCUCCAAGUAAAAGAAUUGAAGAGGUAAUAGCCGACGUGGGCUUAAACACCUCUAAAGCAAUUGAGGAUGUUAUUCAAGACAUUGCAAGGGAAACCGAAGACGAUGUAUCAAGUCGUCGCAAAUCAAUUGAUCAGGUUGAGAUACCCGAUCAGAGUGAAGUACAACCGGUCGAAGAAACGGCCAAAACAACAGACAUUACACCUCCGGCUCAGGAGGGUUCUGUUCAGGUCAACAAAGGGAAAGGGGUCCUCAUCAAGGAUUCGACGGUAACAGGAAAAGGUACGCUGCAGACCGGUCCUCAACCAGAAGUUGUAACCGGGGACGAGGUUACCUUUACCGCAGAACAAGAAGAUGAAGUAUUCGAGGAACUUCUCAGGGACAUGAACAAGGGUGAAAGUGAUGCGAUAGCUCCAUACCUCAUGUGGGUGAAGCUCAGGUGUGAAACAAAGUUAUCCGACAUGGCUCCAGGAUUGAGCGGCAACAAACAUUGGGACAGGCUCAUCAGGCUAGAAGAGAGGGCCCUCCAGUUAGCUCACACCAACCUUAUCCAAUCUGCCUUUAGCAAAACCGUAGUAAUUCUUGAAGAAGCUCGGUUACAAGCAGUGGAGAAUGCUUUUCAAGAAACUAAAGGAGCGACGCUAACUCCAAUUGAAAUGAGAAUGGCCGAACGGUUCAUUGCGGUGCGAGAAAAGCUCGUACAAAAUCUCGAUCAUUUUGAUAUGCAAUGGAGGAAAGGUUGCCGAAGCCAACUCAAUAAUGUCGACCUACAUCAAAUCAGCAAAACUCAAGAGCAAAUCGAGUCUGAUGUUGAAACCGCUAAGAGGGUGCAAGAUGAAGAAAGAGAAAGGGAACGGUUGCAGAAGGAAAUUGAGGACAAAGACUAUGAGUUUGCCCAGAAAUGCAACGAGGAGGAACAGGCAAAUAUACAGGAACCUCCACCGGUUCAACCGUCUCAUUCAAUGAACACAAGGAAUAAGAAGAAAUGGAGCGUAGUUGCGAAAGUAAUCAAGCGGGCAGAACAAAGAGCAGUUGUACCAGUCGUGCUAAAUGUGCAACCUCUUGAUGAAGAAGAAGAAGAAGACAUUGAAGAACUUAACCAGCGGAAGAGAAGGGCAACUGAAGGCUCAACCGCAACUCCAAACUUCAGACCAAUUAUUACUCCACCGCUUCCUCCACCAAAACCAGUCUGUGCCAGUUUUGGGUUCAACAAAAAGACUCCCGGUCAUUCAAGU